AUGUGGAGGGAGUGGGGGAUUGGUUCCAAUCCUCCCUUGGACAGAGGGGCACAGGGGGCUGUGGCACAGCCAGCACGGUGUCCCCUGCAGACGGAGCGCCUGUCUGCAGAGCAGAUCAAGGAGUACAAGGGAGUCUUCGAGAUGUUUGAUGAAGAGGGCAAUGGGCAGGUGAAGACAGAGGAGCUGGAGCGCCUCAUGAGCCUGCUGGGCAUCAACCCCACCAAGAGCGAGCUGGGGUCCAUGGCCAAGGACGUGGACAGAGACAGUGAGCAACAUGCAGGGGUGGGGCUGUGUGGGGUGGUCCACGUGUGUGGGGUGGGGGGCCCAGCACAGGCCUCACUCAAUCUCCUUGCAGACAGAGGGUUCUUCAACUGUGAUGGCUUCUUGGCACUGAUGGGGAUUUACCACGAGAAGGCGCAGAACCAGGAGAGCGAGCUGAGGGCGGCCUUCCGUGUCUUUGACAAGGAGGGCAAAGGCUACAUUGACUGGAACACGCUCAAGUACGUGCUCAUGAAUGCUGGGGAGCCCCUCAAUGAGGUGGAGGCGGAGCAGAUGAUGAAGGAGGCGGACAAAGAUGGGGACGGUACCAUUGACUAUGAGGGUGAGUGGGCACAGGCCCUGGGAGCUGAGAGCUAGCCAGCAGGGCCGGCUGCUCACCUAUCCCUCUGCCUCCAGAGUUCGUGGCCAUGAUGACUGGAGAGUCCUUCAAGCUGGUCCAGUAGGAGCACCUGCAGGGGCCAUGGAGAGACUGCCCAGGGAAGGCUGCCGACCACCCACUUGCUCCAUCCAGCUCUGUGUCAAAUAAAUGCACAGCCUAGCUCUUGUGUGCUUCACUGUCCCCAGCUGGAGAAGGGGGUGGUAAAAGUUCAGGGUUGCGGGUGCCGCCUGUGGCUCAGUGAGUAGGGCGCCAGCCCCGUAUACCAAGGGUGGCAGGUUCAAACCC